UUACGUUCUAACUGAUAUUCCAACUAUCACAUUAUUACUCUCAAUCUACUUGACCCCUCAUACUUUGUGCACCCGUACUUAGUUCGAUACUCGUCCGCCUAGUUACCUAGGCCCCCGGGUUCCAUAACCCAACAUUGGUGCUCUCAUUGAGAGUGUCGAACACAUCAAGCGUGCUCCAAAGGAAAAUGGUUGCGUCAAGGAGAGUUACCAGGUUGUCAACCGCCAACCUCGGUGGUGGUCUCAGAAUGACUUUAACGGCGCCGACCGGCGCAGGUCCUGAUGAGCUGGACAUCAGCCUCAACGAUGUCGCCAGCCAAAAUACCACUAACUUGCGUCACCGCAUUCCCAGACGGCGAACGACGAACGCUGGGGGGUCUCAGGCGCCAACCCAGCAGGUACCCACCCAGGGCGUCGACGUUCUAAGUCAGCCUCUUCCUAACGACCUUGUGUGUGGAGGAGGCAUGGUGUUGCCCGGUGAUUUCAACUCACCAUUCUUCCAAUUCGGGGAGACCUCUGGUGCGAGGACCCCAGGUCCAGACCCUAGCGGUUUCUGGGCCAUGAUGAGGGCGAUGAUGCUCAAUCAGCCCAUGACCGGUUUCCACAUGCCGGUCACGAUGCCGCAGCCGAAGUUCCAGCCUGACGGGCAUCGUGAGGUCCAGCAAAACGUGGUGGAAAGUGCAGAGCUUUUUGCCCAACACCUGAAGAAUCUAAUGAUGGACUCCCGCCUGAAUCCUUUGGCCGGGGGACCUGAGAACAAGGAGUUGAGCCGAUCCCAGCAGCGGGACAACGGCAAGGGCCCGGAGCGUAGACCCAACAUGAAGCAAGCCAGCCGUCGAGACAAGGAAACGGCGAGCAAACGUCGUGAACCCUUGAAGGAAGGACAGGGUGAAAGUGAGUCGCACGUAUCCGUGUUCAGGCGGAUGCGGGUGCCGGUCACGGAACGGCUGUACGGCCGACGGAAUGCUUUCCUGCAGAACGAAGUAGGGAAGAUCAGGAUGCCUUGCGAGGAACAGUGUGACCGACACAGAGAGGUCCACCCAGAAAGGCAAAAUUCCUGGGUCGAGCAACCCGUUCAACAUCCGAUUCUGAGAGCGCCGCAAGGGACGCCUAUCGCGAUGGACGGGGACAUGGGCAGACCUGGGGACGAACGCAUCGAUCUCCUCUUGCAAAGACUGGACGCCCUGGAGAGGAGGAACGGGGCAGGACAGGUUGCCGAACCCAUGUUCAGACUUCGUUCUCUUUUCUCCGAAAGGAUCCUGAGGGCACCAUUGCCGAGCAGCUUUCAGAUGCCGCCCAUACCGAGGUAUGACGGGACCACAGAUCCGCACGAGCAUUUCAACCGAUACCAAACCCUCAUGAACGUGGUGACGUUCUCCGAGGAAGUCCUUUGCAGGUCGUUCCCCGCCACUCUCGACGGGUUGGCAUCUGAGUGGUUCAGUGAGCUCCCUGAGGGGAAGAUCGACUCAUGGGAGGAUUUGGCACGAAGGUUCCUGGUCCAUUUUGCCGGGAACAGGAAGAAGAAAUUACAUUUUUCACAUCUCUUGUCGGUUAGGCAACGACCAGACGAGCUGCUGAGGGAAUUCCUGGCGAGGUGGAAGCUAGAGACCACCAGAGUUUACGGAGCGGAUGACAAAACCAGGUUAUCUACCUUCCAUUUGGUCUUACGCUCAGGUGACUUCUCCAAGCGCCUGGCCUUGGAGAAGCCGAGGGAGUAUUCCAUCGCGCUGGCCAUGGCAGAGGAUGAAGCCGAAGCAGAGGAGCUGGAGGCAAAUAAGAAAAAGGAGGAAGCUGGAAGGCUUGGUUCUAUCGCGACUGCGGUGAAGCCCACGCCGAGGAAGGUCACCAUCGAUGAGCGACCACAUUUGCCAGUCGGACACUGCUUCUGGAAGGGCAGAGACCCUCACGACCGACGAUCGCACGGAAAGGACAUAUAUGAAGAAGGAGGCGAGGACAGGAGACCUUAUCCUCCCAGAGGUCCCAAGUUGUUGUUCCCUGAUGAGCUCACGCCGCUUACACAUCCCGUAAGCGCCAUUCUAGAUUUCGCCGAGCAUCAGAGCUUGGUGGAGUACGAUCCGCGAUUCCCCCCGAUUUGCACUGUCGCAGAGGGCCCUUACUGCAGGUUCCACAGAGCGGCCGGUCAUGACACGGACGCGUGUAAGGUCCUCAAGAGGGAGAUCGAGAACCUGAUCCAGGCAGGAUAUCUGCGACAAUUCGUCAAGAAGAAGAACACAUGGCGCAAGGAUGAUGGGAAGAAGAACGGAGACAACCGAGGGAAGAAACCGGCGGGAACUCAGCAGAAGAAGAGGAAGGAGAUAGGUCUCCCGAGCGAUGAAGAAGAAGAAGACAACCCUAGACAAAAGAGGGUCGAGGAGAACAGGAUGAUCUACGGUGGCAACACCGGAGGAGACAGUGCCGAGCAAAGAAAGAAGUGGGUACACUCGGCCUAUAUCGGAGAUGUUCACAGCGCACCUGGACCGUCGAAAAUCACGAAGACAAAGCCCCUCCUAUUUGGUCCCAAGGACCUGCCUGAGAUUCCAUCACCCCACAGGGACGCGUUGGUCGUCAGGUGUGAGAUCAACGAGGUGAUAAUCCACCGAUCCUACGUUGACAUUGGGAGCUCGGUGAACAUCAUGUAUGUAAGGACAUUUGAGGAGAUGGGAUUGAAGAAUGAACUCUUGAAGAGAGUAAGGACUCCCUUAUCCGGAUUCACAGGGGACAUCAUCGAUUCAGAAGGCCUGGUCGAGGUGAUGGUCACAUUCGGCGAUGGAGAACACAAGAAGACGAUCCCGGUCGAAUUUUUGGUGGUGCGACUUCUGGGAUCCCAUAAUCUAAUCUUGGGUCGACCUGCACUGGAAGAUCUCGACUCCGUAACAUCGGUGAAGUAUUUAAGCAUGAAAUUCCCUACCGAUUCAGGAGUGGGAGUAUGCAGAGGAAACCAGAGGCUCGCCCGACUCUGCUACCAGAAGCAAACAAAGAAGAUGGACGCCCAUGAUCUCAGAGUGGACAGUAUUGCCACGGCACUCUUGAAGGAGGAAGAAGGCCGUCCUAGAGCUGAACCAGCCGAAGAUACAGAAGAUGUGGUGAUCAUGGAGGAGCAGCAGGAGAAGAAGAUCAAGCUCGGCAUUAACAUUAGUGCCGAACUUCGAACGAAAAUCAUACAGGUACUCAGGGAGAACUUUGUGGUCUUGCAUGGAGUGUCGAGGAUAUGCCGGGAGAGCAAAUCCCUAAUCACCCACCGCCUCGCGGUCGGAUCGGACGCAGAGCCCGUAAAGCAGAGAAGGCGGCACUUGAGCAAAGACCAGAGAGAUUUCGUGAAGAAGGAGGUGGACAUGCUCCAAGCAGCAGGGCAUGUCAAGGAGAUCAAAUACCCCACCUGGCUGGCCAACGUCGUGCUGGCACCAAAGGGGCAGACGUUUAGGAUGUGUGUAAAUUACACUGACCUGAACCGAGCUUGUCCUAUGGACCCUUUCCCUUUGCCCAACAUUGAUCAAAUGAUCGACGAAACUGUCGGGUGCGAGGUCAUGUCUUUCAUGGAUGCGUUCAGAGAAGGUGGCAAGUUCUUAGGUUAUCUUGUGAGCCGACGAGGUAUUGAACCCAAUCCCGAGAAGGUCAAGGCGAUCCUAGACAUGGAGCCCCCUCGCUCCAUAAAAGAGGUACAACGCCUGACGGGGAAGAUGGCCGCACUCGGCCAAUUUUUGUCAAAAUCCUCCGAGAAGAGUAUCCCUUUCUUCGGCACACUGAAGAAGGUUCCACAGUUCCAGUGGACACCCGAGUGCCAAGCGGCAUUUGAGGAAUUGAAGAAGUAUUUACUGGCUCCCCAGGUGUUAGCAAAGCCGAUCAAAGGCGAGAAGCUGUACCUUUACUUGGGCGUCAGCCCUGGAGCCAUAAGCUCCAUCUUGUUGCGAGAAGAAGGGGACACUCAGCGCCCUAUCUAUUACGUCAGCAGAACCUUGAGGGACGCCGAGCUCAGAUACUCGGUGGUGGAAAAAUCAAUCUUGGCCGUUGUCAACACGGUCAAGAAGCUGAACCAUUACUUCCAAGCCCAUGAAGUGGAAGUGAGGAGUCAUCAACCUCUGAGCAUCAUCAUCAGGAAUCCGACGGCCUCCAACAGGGUCAUCAAGUGGUCUGUCUAUCUGAGUCAGUAUCAGAUAGAGAUGAAGCCGAGGGCAGCAAUCAAGGCCCAGGCCUUGGCCGACUUCAUGGUGGAAUGCACGGCACGGGACAACAACCCCAUGCCAACGGCGGAGCAGGAAGAUUGGUGGACUUUGUCCACUGAUGGAUCAUCAGCUGCAAAGGCUUGCGGUGGGGGCGUGGUAAUCCAAUCACCUGAAGGAUUCCGCUCCUAUCAUGCAAUAAAAUUCCAGUUCAAGAUCCCGAGGGCGGAAAAUACCGAGGCCGACGUCCUCUCCAAACUGAGCAACGACAGUACCGAGCACAUCUCCAAGAUGGCUCACAUUGAAGACCUGGGGUCUCCAAGCAUUCACGUUCAGUUCAUUUCUGUCGUCACCAAGGAGGCCAGCGGAUGGAUCGCGGAAUUGAUCCGGUAUAAGAAGGAUGGAGUCCUCCCCGGCGACGAGACGACGGCCCGUCUGAUCAAACGGAGGGCGCCGACGUAUGUCAUUGAGAAUGGCCGACUAUACAAGAGAUCAUACAACGGCACAUUACUGAGAUGUGUUGACGAAACCAAAGCGGGGCAGAUCAUGGAGGAGGUCCACGAAGGAAUAUGCGCGGCACACCAGGGUCCUUUCUCCAUGGCCAGACGCAUUGUCCUACAGGGAUACUUCUGGCCGACCAUGGUGAAGGACUGUGCCAAGCGCGCCAAGCACUGCAAGGUAUGCCAGGUUUUUCAAACCAUCCCAGGGAGGCCAGGAACCAGCUAUCAUCCCAUCAGCUCAUCAAUUCCUUUUGCUCAUUGGGGGAUGGAUUUGAUCGGACUGAUGCCGAGGGCACCCGGUAAUUUCCGCUGGAUCAUUGUGGCCAUCGAUUACUUCACAAAGUGGAUCGAGGCCGAGCCUUUAGUUGGAGGAACCUCAGAACAAUGCUCAAAGUUUGUGAGCAACAACAUACUCUGCCGGUAUGGUGUCCCAAAGCAGAUCACUACAGACAACGGAACCCAAUUCGAAGCUGGAGAUUUCAAUGAACUUUUGGGAGAUUGGAAGCUAAGGCACACCUACAGCUCUGUGGCAUACCCGCAAGGGAACGGCCAAGUAGAGAACGCAAAUCGAACAAUCAUGGACGGGAUCAAGAAGAGGCUUGAAUCCUACAAGGGAGCGUGGGUCGAUCAACUCCCCAACGUGCUAUGGGCAUACCGUACCACUCCAAGGAGGGCGACUGGGGAAACGCCGUUUUCCAUGUGCUAUGGCCUGGAAGCGAGGGCACCCUCGGAGGUGUUCAUCCCGACAUGGAGAGAGGAGAAUUAUGAAGCCAGGGAGAAUGAGGAAGCCAUGACGGCUGAUCUUAAUUUCGUUGAGGAACGCCGAGAGCAAGCUUUCCUCAAAGCAGAGAACUACCGGAGGCAAGUUAAAGAAUAUUACGACCGCAGGGUCAGAGCAAGGGAAUACCGAGUAGGGGACCUGGUACUCAGGAAGAGGGAGGCCAGUCAGCCUACAGAAGGGGGAAAGUUUGCCAAAAGCUACGAAGGACCGUACAAGGUCACAGCUGUGCUCAGGCCAGGCACUUACAAGCUCUCCACGCUUGAAGGUCGCGAACUCGGCAGGCACUGGAACACGCACAAUCUCAUUUCUUUUUACAUGUAAGGCGCUGAGAACCGUAACCAGUCGGCCUCGGUAGCUAAAAAAACAACAAAAUCUUCUACUUAAUGAAAUACUCGCUUCCACGCGAAUUCCGUUGUUUUGCUUUACGAAAUUUAAAGACGCUGCUUAGCGCUAUCGG